AUGACCACCACUUCCAGGACUAUCAACGGCUCAAACACGAGUGNAAUGCAUUUCGCGGUAAACAUGAAGACCACGUGUGGUUGCGAUCACAUCCGGACACUCGUCCACACCAAUGACCACCACUUCCAGGACUAUCAACGGCUCAAACACGAGUGUACGGCCGCCGCCGCCGCCACUCCCAUCCCCUCCGACAGCGGCCGACGUAUUGGCCAUACAGUGGAGGACAGGCGCCGCCCGAAGACUACUCAAGUGGCAAAUGUUUGCCACGAGUGUACCGGUGAUGACCGCGACAUCGAUGAUUUGACGGCCGCUGACCAUCCGCUCGACGGACACCAAAUUACCGGCAUUUGCGUCGGACGGACGGCCGUGAAGUGUGUGACCAAAUCAGACUUCUAUAGAUAUCAACAGUUUCUGAAGCCAUUGACGAAAUCCGUGGCCACAAACACCGUUAACCAGACACCGGUGACUGUGGCCGCGGCCGGCGUGGCGGGCAUUCAAUGCAAUUGUUGCGGACACCAGACGCUGACCGCCGAAGAGAUGUACGCCCAUCAGCGGCACAUCCAUCGCGCGCAGCGUAUCGACGACUGUCUGGUCAACUACGAGUGCAGUGACCGCCAGUGCGGGUUCAAGUGUCCCGACCAGAGCUCGUGGUUUGACCAUAAGCUACAGCACGAGCGGUGCGAUCGCACUGUUGUGUUCAAUAAGCGCCAAAAGAGUUCAACCGCCAGACCUCUGUCCGACCCGAUAGUAAUGGACAGACACUCGCAACCAAUGGCGCCGCAGACCAACGAACUCUCAUUGGCCAUCUCCUCCAUCAGUAGCGCCAGCGAUGGCACAGUUGUCGUGAAUGCCGUUCCCAUCAGGAGUAACGACCAACCGCUGAUGGCGUACCCGACGGCGGCCAACGCUGGAACAGCUGAAGUGUUUUACAGGACAUACGAACUAAAGAACUUUAAUCCAUUGAAAUGCACGCACUGUUCGUACGGUAUUAAGCGAGACAACGACACCAAUGGCCUAAUGCGGGCCCAUAUGUGCGGACAGCACCCGAACCACAGCUCAGACUUUGAUAAGUCAUUGGCGGCCAAAGAGGCCAACACUGCGUACGUGUUUGAGUGCAUUGAAUGCCAGCGUAUACUAGAAGACCAGGUGGUGUUGGAUCUGCACCACCAGACUGUCCACUCGGGGGUUACCGCUUACCGGCUGUGGUGCGACCUCUGCUCCUAUACCACCGACUCGUACCAAGAGUUCAUUCAACACAACAGCCGCCACAGGACUCGCGUCCAGAAGAUUUGCCACAACACCACCGCUCGAGAGGUGGUCAGCGAGAGCGUGGCCACAGUUGUUGUGACCGAAGCCGAUGGCGACGAAGAAGUGGAUGAAGACCACGAUAUGACAGAAUCCGUGACCGCCGAAGAGGAGGAAGGGUUAGAGGCGGCGGCAGUGGAGGAAUCGAUUGGCGAUCAAUUGGUGAUCAAAUGCAUGGACCGGCGGUACCACUGCUCUCAGGACGACUGUCACAAGUCGUUCAAACACGAGUACCUAUUGAUCAAACACACCCGCAAUCACCACAAACUCAUCGAGUGUGACAAAUGCCAGACCCGAUACAAGUCCGUACAGCUGCUGAACGCCCAUCUGCUGAAGUCGCACCGCGAGUAUCUGAUCCGCUGUCAGUCAUGCGACUACCAGACAUUCUGGCCCACAAGAACUGCGCUGAACGGUUCCUGA